UGAUGAUGAUGGUGGGGGGCUUAGCUCCUUGCCAUGUGUGAUGUUUGGCCAGGGGCUCGCAGACAGCCGCGGCCGCGGGCACCGCUAGACGGAGCAGCAGGUCUGCUCUGUGACGGUCCGGCCGGCCCCGUCUGCUUUGGGUUGGUUGCAGUUUUUUGUGAGGCACACGAACUGUACGAAGUGCUUCACAGCUGCUGUGCCACAAAAUGUAGGGAGGUGUCUUAUACCCAAGCUUUUGCAAAUGACAAUGGAGGAAAUGACCCAGUCAGACCUGGACAACACUAAGCUGGAGUCCGUAGCUCAUGACAUCCUGAUGGAUUUGGUAGAGGAUGCCUGCCUGGGCCUGUGUUUUGAGGUCCACCGUGCUGUCAAACAGGGAUAUUUCCUCCUGGAUGAAACUGAUGUGGAGAGCAUGAAAGACUUUGAAAUCGUGGACCGGCCUGGAGUCGACAUCUUUGGCCAAGUUUAUAACCAGUGGAAGAACAAGGAGUGUGUGUGUCCAAACUGUGAGCGCGGCAUCGCCGCUUCCCGCUUUGCCCCGCACCUGGAGAAGUGCCUGGGCAUGGGCCGCAACAGCAGCCGCAUCGCCAGCCGCAGAAUAGCCAGUAGCAACAAUGUGAACAGAUCAGAAAGUGACCAAGAGGACAACGAUGACCUCAAUGAUAAUGACUGGUCGUAUGGGUCCGAGAAAAAAACCAAGAAGCGAAAAUCAGACAAGAACUCAAAUUCGCCUCGAAGAUCAAAAUCAUUGAAGCAUAAAAAUGGAGAACUUGGUAGCCAUUUCAGUGCUGAUCAGUACAGGUACCAUUGUAACUCUGGAAUAAAUUAUGAAACUUUGGGACCAGAUGAGCUGAGAUCACUGUUAAUGACGCAAUGUGGGGUGGUAUCGGAGCACACCAAGCGGAUGUGCACACGGUCUCUGAAGUGCCCCCAGCACACAGAUGAACAGAGGAGGGCUGUCCGGCUCUCCCUCUUGGGGCCAGCUGCGCCGGCGCUGCCAGAUGGAGACGCGGUAGUGGAGAGCGACAGCUACGAAGCUACCAACGGACAGCAGGUGCCGAUUGGCCGGUUGCACUGGGGCGGGUCGUCAGACGUCUCCCCCUCUGACUCAACCUCCUCUAAAGCCAGUGAGUUCUUUGGUACCAACAACUCGGUCUCCACGAAACCUAAGAAAAAGAAGCCGUCUUUGAGCCUGAGCAGUGCUGGACAAGGCCGAGCCUUGGGGGGAGGGUUUGGAGCCUUGCAUGGAGAUCUGGGCCCCUCUAACCACCGGAAGAAAAACAAACAUCCCGUGACCCCAACAGCCGGCAUCUACGAAGACAUGAACUAGUGAGCAGUGAGGUGUACACCUGUAAGGGCACAUGCGAAUGCAAUCGUACUGUCUUGGAAGAUCAAAUGGCAACUGUUUUCACCUGAUUCCUGACACAGCCUGACACUGUCUGACCCGUGCAACCUGUGUAGUGGAAGCCCAAGUGAAGCGGCAUGUCUGGUAAACAUACUGGGACCUAAACAGCUGUCCAUAUGCACCAUAUGUAGAUAUCAAAUGAACUAAAUCAGUCUGCAGUUAUACAAGUACUCAUACAGUGAGUCUGAACAUUCCUUAAAUGUUUCUGGUCCUUUAUGAUGUUUCACAAAUGUGUGAUUGUGAGUUAUUACCUUUUUUUUUUUUUUUUUUUUUUUCCUAUGAUUUCUUUCCCGAGCGGUGAUUAAGACCAAGGCAACAUUUUGUUCCUUGUUCCAUGCACUUUGUUUUUCUGAUAUAGGUUCCUGCUCUUUGUAAUCAGGAUUGGACCAUUUCAGAACAAUGAAUGUGAAAUAUAUAUGUGCUUAUGAUUACGCUGUAAGCUGUUAAAUAACGUUGUUCUUCUGAUCAGUCAAAUCAAUUUUUUGACUUGGUUUCUACAAAUUACCCACAGUCAUGGAGGUGGUCUGUAUGUAUUGGUUCGGGGAACCCCAAAGCCUCCUAUUUGUGGCAUGGCACUAGGCAAAGUGCACCCCUGUGAGUCCCUGGUGUAAGACUGGGCUUCUUCAGGGGUGCCAGUCCAGGAGCAGAUAUGCCCGCGGGCAGCCGGUGUGGCACACUGCCAUAGCGCCCAUUGCCAGUGUCUGGAAAGCUGCUAAUCAUGUGUGAUGGUGCAUGUAUGUAUGGGAUUUGCACGCAUGGCUGAGCUUCAAAGUAUGCGGGCAUGAACAUUCAGGUUUACCGCUCCUGUUGCUGAGUGUGCUGUGGUGUUUGUGUGAGCAAGUCAUUUUGUGAUUUUUGCAUAUAGCGUGUGUGUGUGUGUGUGUGUGUGUGUGUGUGUGUGUGUGUGUGUGUGUGUGUGUGUGUGUGUGUGUGUGUGUGUGUGUGUGUGUGCGCAUAAUAUAUAUCACUGUGCCAUUGUAUGUGUAUAUGACUUAGAAUAUGUGAUUUAUAUUUUUGUAUAACUGUUAUGAAUUUGUGUGUGCUUGGAACUCCCCUGUAUCUUCAGACCAUUUUAUUAUAUAGCUACCGGUGUGGGUAUCAAAGCAGGCAGGUGACACCAAAAAAAAAAAAAAAACUUGAAUCAUGUAUAACUGCUUUCUUGGAAAUAAUGAAAAGAUGCACAGACUGCAUCAACUGGGCCUUGAUAUGACAUACUGCUUGUGAAUGAAGUGUCAGUAUUAAAGCACUUGUAUGAA